AGAGAGCUCUGAGACGGCCCGUACCCAUUUUGGCUCAAGCCAUUUGGGCUCAAGGUGAGAUCUUUGUUUUCCCACAUCGCAACUGAACAUUCAUUGCCACACUUCUUGGCUAUCGUCGACUUAGCAAUGGUACAUGUACUGAUCUCUGCGGCGACAUUUGCGUUCGCUUACACUGUGGGCGCCGAUAUGCAGCUCAUGCAGAUGUCAGUGCAUGGGCCGGACGGUUUAGAGGCGGCAACGUUACGGACUGAUUUCACGGGCGUGUCUACAGUGACUUCCAUGGUGCCCCACGUGAACGCCAGCCAGCAGAAAGGAGGACGACAAGUCGAGGCGGCUGACCACAUGGUGAGAGAGGCCUCUUGGAGCCAGGUGGGGCAGGACAUCGAUGGCGAAGCCUCAGACGAUACUAGUGGCUUGUCGGUGUCGCUGAGCAGCGACGGCAGCCGCGUGGCCAUUGGAGCACGCUACAACGACGGUGCUGGGUCAAAUUCUGGUCACGUUCGCGUCUACGGGCUCUCGGGCAUCACUUGGAGCCAGGUGGGGCAGGACAUCAAUGGCGAAGCCUCAGACGAUUAUAGUGGCAGCUCGGUGUCGUUGAGCAGCGACGGCAGCCGCGUGGCCAUUGGAGCAUACGGCAACGACGGUGCUGGAUCAAAUUCUGGUCACGUUCGCGUCUUCGGGCUCUCGGGCAACACUUGGAGCCAGGUGGGGCAGGACAUCGAUGGCGAAGCCGAAAGCGAUCUUAGUGGGUGGUCGGUGUCGCUGAGCAGUGACGGCAGCCGUGUGGCCAUUGGAGCAUACGGCAACGACGGUGCUGGAUCAAGUUCUGGUCACGUUCGCGUCUUCGGGCUCUCGGGCAACACUUGGAGUCAGGUGGGGCAGGACAUCGAUGGCGAAGCCGGAGGCGAUCUGAGUGGCACUUCGGUGUCGCUGAGCAGCGACGGCAGCCGUGUGGCCAUUGGAGCACACGGCAACGACGGUGCUGGAUCAAAUUUUGGUCACGUUCGCGUCUUCGGGCUCUCGGGCAACACUUGGAGCCAGGUGGGGCAGGACAUCGAUGCAGCGACGGCAGCCGCGUGGCCAUUGGAGCAUACGGCAACGACGGUGCGGGGUCAGGUUCUGGUCACGUUCGCGUCUUCGGGCUCUCGGGCAACACUUGGAGCCAGGUGGGGCAGGACAUCGAUGGCGAAGCCAUGGCCGAUUUUAGUGGCCGGUCGGUGUCGCUGAGCAGCGACGGCAGCCGUGUGGCCAUUGGAGCAUACGGCAACGACGGUGCUGGAUCAAACUCUGGUCACGUUCGCGUCUACGGGCUCUCGGGCAACACUUGGAGCCAGGUGGGGCAGGACAUCGAUGGCGAAGCCGGAGGCGAUAUGAGUGGCACUUCGGUGUCGCUGAGCAGCGACGGCAGCCGCGUGGUCAUUGGAGCACACGGCAACGACGGUGCUGGAUCAAGUUCUGGUCACGUUCGCGUCUUCGGCACCAGCACGCCAGCACCAACGCCGGCACCAACGCCGGCACCAACGCCGGCACCAACGCUCGCACCAACGCCGGCACCAACGCUCGCACCAACGCCGGCACCAACGCCGGCACCAACGCCGGCACCAACGCCGGCACCAACGCCGGCACCAACGCCGGCACCAACGCUCGCACCAACGCCCUCGCCGACGACGUCGUCGUCCUCCGCCACCGGCGACCCACACUUGCAGAACAUGUUCGGUCAGCGGUUCGACUUGGUGAGGCCAGGCACGUCCGUCUUGGUCAGCGUUCCGCGCGGAACGUCCGCCGAGGAUGCGCUGCUUGUUGUAAAGGCCGACGCGCAUCGAUUGGGGGCACACUGCUCGGACAUGUACUUCCGGGAGGUCAACGCCACAGGGACGUGGGCGAACAAGGUGCGGCCUGGAGGCUUUCACUUCGACGCUCUUGACGCGCGUGACGAGACGCCGAAGUGGCUGAAACUCGGGCUUGUGGAACUCAAAGUCGGCAGCGGGCACACCGACAAGGGUCAGCCUUAUCUGAACGUCUACGUCAAGAACCUUCAGCGCACUGGGUAUCGUGUCGGAGGGCUGUUGGGAGAGGAUGACCACACGGAGGCGGCGGCGCCCGAGGAAGGGUGCCAGAAGAUGAUGUCCCUCCAGGCGCGCGUGUAUGGUCAAGCUUCGGAUCUACAGGGAUCCAUCGCAAUCGGCUACUGAGCCGGGGGCUCCCUGCUCCGCGCGGGGCGGUCUAGCCCGCCCGCCCGCCUGCAAGGGGCUGAUGUUUCCCGGCGACUUUUUCGUCCUGCAACAUCCAGUGCAGGGAUUUCAGUGGUUCCACAGAAACAUGCUGCGGGGCGACGGAAAGUAAUAGUUUAACCAAAACACCCCGACGUCACGGUCGAGGUCAGGGGUGUGCCGCCAUUGGCGGGAGGGCGGCAUGCGCACGUUGGUUUUGGGAGUGUUGGUGGAGCUGCCACUGAUGCUUCUCACUCCUCUUCGACAGACUUCUCACUAGUCGACUGUGAUGAGCUUGUUCACUUUUCUCGAGAAAGCUUUUCGCGACAACUGCGACGCCGACUCGCGUUGCUGACCGUGCAUCUUUCGCCACUUUUGCUCGCCACGGGCUCCCGACAGCGGCGACGGAACCCGCCAUAA